AAAUUAAAAAAAUUAAUUAAUAAUAAUUAUGGCAUUAUCAUUGAAACGAGAAAUUCUUACGCAAUUGAAACGGAUUGGAUUGAAUUUGGAAAAAUCACAAAUGCUCAAAAUAAUGCCUACCGAUUCAUCGGUCAAACGGAUUGGUCAAACAUUUUAUAUUGAUUUACCGACAGAACGGGAUUCAAUCAUGUCGAUAAACGAUGAUUUUCUUAAAACUUUGAAAAACAGUUCAUCAUCAUUAAUUAAAAAUGUUGAAAUUGGUCCGAUAAACGUCAAUUCAUUGGCGACAAAUAUUAUGAUGUUGGAAAUUGAUUUCGAAACACUAGUCAAACAUUUAUUCAAAAAUCUAAGAAAGAAAAAUCUAAUGGAAUCAUUUAUUGAACAUCGACAAUUGAUUGAUCAUCGAGAUAAAGAGAAAAUUAUUGUCGAAUAUUCAUCACCAAAUAUUGCUAAACCAUUUCAUGUUGGAAAUUUACGAUCAACAAUCAUUGGUAAUAGUGUGGCAAAUAUAUUAGAAUUCCAUGGACAUGAUGUUAUACGAAUGAAUUAUCUUGGUGAUUGGGGUACACAAUUUGGUAUAUUGAGCUUAGCAUUUGAUCAAUUUGGUGAUCCAAAUCAAUUACAGCAAGAACCAUUAAAACAUUUAUUCAAUGUUUAUGUUGAAGGUAAUCGACAAUGUGAAUUGAAUAGUGAUUGGAAAAAUCAAGCUAAAAAUCGUUUCUAUCAGCUGGAACAAUCACGCAAUGAUGAUACCAGUGAAAUCUAUAAACAAUGGUAUCAAUUUCGUCAAUUAAGCUAUGAAGAAUUGGAAAAAUUAUAUAAAAGAUUAGGCAUUCGAUUUGAUCAAUAUGAAAGUGAAUCAAUGUAUAGUGAUCAAUCGGUAAAAGAUGUUAUCAAAAUGCUUCAACAAUUAAUCAAAACGGUUGAUGGAGCAACAGUGGCCGAAGUAAAUGAUCAUAAUGAUCCAAUGAAAAAAAUUUCCAUACCAUUGUUGAAAAAUGAUGGUACAAGUCUUUAUCUUACCAGAGAUUUAGCUGCUGUAAUGAAUCGAAGAAAACAAUUCAAUUUUAAUCGAUUGUAUUAUGUUGUCGAUAGUAGUCAAUCAAAACAUUUUAAUAAUUUAAAAAGCAUUUUCUCUUCACUUGAUGAUCCUGUUUAUAGAGAUUUGAAACAUUUGAAAUUUGGACGAAUAUUGGGAAUGAGUACUCGAAAAGGUGAAGCAAUUUUUCUGGACGAUGUACUAAAUGAAGCUAAAAAUCGUGCAUUGGAAGCAAUCAAAACUAGUCCAAAUACAAAAAUUCCUAAUGAACUAUAUGAACAAAUAGCCGAUAUAUUGGGUGUUACGGCCAUCAUUGUUAAUGAUUUAUCGAAUCGACGUGUAUCAGAAUAUCGUUUCAAUUGGAAUCGUGCACUUAAAAUGAAUGGAAAUACAGGAAUUUCAUUACAAUAUACACAUGCAAGAUUAUGUAAUUUGAUUAAAAAUUUUAAUAUUGAUGAUGAUGAAAUAGAAUCAUCAUUGGAUAUGGCUGCUAUCGAUACUAUGGAAGGCCGAAAUCUAAUCAAUCAAAUGUUAAUGUUUGAUGAAAUGAUCGAUCGUGCUUAUGAUCAAUUAGAACCAAGCAUAUUGACCAAUUAUUUGUUUGAUCUCAAAACGGCCAUAAAUCGUGCUAAUCAAGAAUUAACAAUCAAAGGACAAACACAACAAAUUCAACAAACACGUUUAUCAUUGUUUAUCUGUGCCAAGAAUGUUCUUAAUCAAUGUAUGCGAUUAAUUGGUCUACAACCUUUGGAAUCAAUGUGAUGAAAAAAAAAUUAAAAA